ACACCGAGGUGUUCCGGUUUGUAAUCGGCCAUAUUGGUUACUUCUCGAAUAUUCAACGUGAUACAUGCGGGAACCUGUUGUUGAAAUCCAUUAACAUCGUCGCUUCUACAGCCAAAGGAAACUUUUAAAAUCAUCCAUCAUGCCGCCGGCACUUAAACAGAUGCGGCAAAGGAAAUCAGAGUACAAAGAUAAAGAAAAACCGACACAAAUCCGCUUCAGCAACAUCACUGCCGCAAAGGCUGUUGCUGAUGCCGUCCGCACAAGUCUUGGCCCCAGGGGCAUGGACAAGAUGAUCCAGGCCUCAAAUGGGGAUGUAACAAUUACCAAUGAUGGAGCAACAAUCCUGAAGCAAAUGAUGGUUCUCCAUCCUGCAGCAAAAAUGCUUGUGGAGCUGUCCAAAGCUCAGGACGUUGAAGCUGGAGACGGCACCACGACUGUUGUAGUCAUUGCUGGCAGUCUGUUAGAUGCAUGUUCAAAACUACUCGCCAAAGGGAUCCACCCGACCAGUAUAUCGGAAGCAUUCCAGAAAGCUUCAGUGAAAUGUGUAGAAAUCUUGGAGAGCAUAGUCACUCCACUGGAAUUAUCUGACCGUGAUUCUCUGCUCAAGAGUGCAUCUACAUCUCUCAACUCCAAGGUGGUGUCGCAGUAUUCUGGAAUCCUGUCUCCCAUUGCUGUAGACGCUGUGUUGAAAGUCAUUGAUCCACAAACAGCUACCAAUGUAGACCUCCGAGACAUUAAAGUAGUCAAGAAAAUCGGUGGAACUAUUGAAGAUACUGAGUUGAUUGAUGGUUUAGUGUUCAACCAAAAGAGUGCCGGUACAGGUGGUCCUAACAGAGUAGAAAAGGCCAAGGUUGGAAUCAUACAGUUCUGUGUAUCUCCUCCAAAAACAGACAUGGACAAUUCUGUGGUAGUAUCAGAUUACUCUCAGAUGGACAGGGUACUAAGAGAGGAAAGACAAUAUAUCCUAGACAUAGUCAAGAAGGUUAAAAAAUCAGGCUGUAAUGUUCUUCUAAUCCAGAAAUCCGUGUUGAGAGAUGCCGUUAGUGAUUUAGCUCUUCAUUUCUUCGCCAAAAUGAAGAUCAUGGUCAUCAAAGAUAUUGAAAGGGACGAUGUCGAGUUCGUCUGCAAGGGUUUGGGAUGCCGACCUAUUGCCAGUCUGGAUCAUUUUGUACCAGAAAAUCUUGGAUCUGCAGAUUUGUUUGAAGAGAUUCAAACUGGAGCUAGUAAAAUUGUAAAGGCUACAGGUAUUCCCACGCAAGGAAAGACUGUCACUGUUCUAAUUAGAGGCUCCAACAAGCUGGUCUUAGAGGAAGCUGAUAGGUCAAUCCACGAUGCCCUCUGUGUAAUCCGCUGUCUUGUCAAGAAGAAGGCUCUAAUUGCUGGAGGUGGGGCUCCAGAGACAGAGUUGUCUCUCCAACUGAUGGACCAUGCCAACUCCCUGACUGGUGUGGAACAGUACUGCUUUAGGGCUUUUGCUGAGGCCCUGGAGGUGAUACCCUUUACUCUGGCAGAAAAUGCUGGUCUCAACCCAAUCGCCACAGUCACAGAGCUGAGGAACAGGCAUGCCAACGGAGAGAAAACUGCUGGCAUUAACGUCCGCAAGGGAGCCAUUACCAAUAUCCUGGAGGAGAAUGUUGUCCAGCCCAUUCUUGUGUCUACAAGUGCUAUUCACCUGGCAUCCGAGACUGUCUGCAGCAUCAUGAAAAUUGAUGAUAUUGUAAACUGUAUGCGUUAAAUUAUUCGAACAUCAACCAGAGAAGGAUUCCCUUAGGGUUUCUAUUUGAACAAAGACAGAAAGAUGUUGGUUCCCACAGCUUCUAUGUGUGUAUGUGAAGUAUGAGUGCAGGACAGGAAGCUUCAGAAGUCUGACCUCGUCGCUGAAGGAGCUCCCCUCACAAAGCAUAGCAACACUGUGUAAACUUGCACAGGCGACAUAUUGGAUGUGGAAAAUAUUGGAUCUUGCAGAAAUACUUCAUUUGAACAUUCAAUGCUAAUGUUAUUAAUUAUUAAGCCAUUUGGUGUUCUUUUCAUCAAAUUUUCAUAUUUAUGUGUAAAUGUGUGAUAUUAUAUGUGCUGCCUGUCCUUUUGAUAAAAAUAAUUUCGAAUAUCA